UCGUUGCACCCAUGACAAACAAUCAUAAUGAAAUUAGCACCACCACAGAUAUGAUGCGCCCACCCGAUACCCAAUAGCCCUCAUAUCAUCCGCCUAAGUGACGCUAUCACCGGGCCCGACCAUCCGCAUGACAGGUUACCCCGGUCAAGUGAUUCCCGCAUGGCUAUCAAAUGUACAAUGUAUAUAGGAAACAUGGGUAUCUCCCUCCGAGUCUUUCUCUUUUGCUCUCUUUUUAGAAUGACUUUACCCUCCGUUAUCAAGCACAACAAUGAUACCUAGUUACAAUUUACAUAUUCCCAAGAACUAGGCCUAUCGAUAUCCUACCAGCUAUACUAUACACUCACCCACACUUCUCCAUCCAAAUCCCACACCAUAAACCCAACCAAAGAAGAAGAGAGAAAAAAGAGAAGAAUGUGCCUCCCACCCCUCUCCGACUCGCUCUCCCUCCCCAAACUCCUCAAUCUAAACCUCGACUCUUCCUCCUCGCGAUCCUCCUCUCCCUCACCACCACCACGAUUCCACGAUCGCCAUCACCACCACAAUAGUAGCCACCACCACCACUUCCGCAGACGACGAAGAUCCAACAGCUCAUGCAGCACCUGCAGCGAUACCACCAGCUCCAGCUCCACUACGACCUCCAUUUCCCUCCGGCCCCCACCGCGAAGCUACCACCCACCACAACCGUCUCGCAAGCCUCCGCCUCCACCUGCUCCCCGUGAGCGAGAGCGAGAUACUUACCGAACAAGUCGGAGUAAGGUUCGAGAUGUCGAGGAGACGUUCAUCCCGCUGCCGCCGGCGAGGUCUGUUCGGAUAGCGAGGCCGUGGCCGCGGCCGAGAUUACCGCCCCCGCCUCCGCCGGUGGUGAUUGAUGUCAGAGAGAGGGAGAGGGAGAGGGAGUACUGUCGGUUGCCGGAUGUGGAGGCGGAGGAGGUGGAGUGUGUGGGGGUUUUUGAGCCUGAGGAGCGGGAGAGGGUGGAGGAGUGGGUGGUUAUGAGGGAGAGAGGGGCGUGGAGGAGACCUAGUGGUGCUGCUGCUAUUAGGGAACGGGGGAGGUGGAAGGAGGUAGUUGAGGAUGAGGAAGUGGAUGAGGAGGUGGAUAGGGUGGAGGAGGAUAGGAGGAGGAAGGUGAGGGUUGAGUAUAUUCGGGCUCGAUAGUAGAUCUACUUAGGGUGGGGUUGGCAUGGUGGUGUUUAUGGUAUGGUAUUUUGGUUCAAGUAUAUAGAUUGGUUUCGCAUAUGUGAUUAGUAGUUACUCAGAUAUCAUGAC